ACUGUCAAUGUUAAUUUUCAUAGCUAGAAACUAGCUUAGAGUAGAGGUACAGUGAACUGUCCCAGACUGUUUGUAAUUGGCAUGGGCUUAUUUUAGCAUCACGUAGCUUAGUACUGCAGUGUAACAGCAUGUCUAUGUUACCACUUUUGUGACGGAAAAUGUUUAUUAGCAAUCACUGAAUUUCAAGAGUUUGGUGUAGUGGCCAAAUUAUUUUCUGGAUAUGAGUAUAUGUCUUUUCCAGUGCAAUUGACGUGUUCAGGUUUAGUGGUAAUCACACACAAGUUCACCUAACCAGUGGUUUUAAUGUUCUAACACAAGAGCUAAUACACAAUAAUUCAGAUUUUAAAAGAGAAACUCUGUGUGAAACGUAUUAUAAAUGUAUUAGGUGUUUGGGGCAUAUAAUAGUAACUUCAGACAAAACUAAGGUGCACAAGCUCUAGGGAUGUUGUUUAUUAAUGUUGUGCAUUGUAGUGAGCAAUGGUUUUGAUUUACCCGUCAUUCAAAGUAAUGUUGUUAAUUCUGUUCUUAUCUCAGAAGGCAUUACAUGUACAUUAACACUAUCCAUAUUUAAUUGCUUCAUAUUUAAUAAGCCACACACUUAAAUGGUCAUCUCUUAGAUCGUUACAAGAUUGUAGAAGGCAUCACGCAACCCAACCAUUCUUUGCAUAUAUGGAUAAUUUGUUGGAUAACAAUUUAAUAUAAGUCAGUUUUGGUCAAAGUUUUACUACAUUCAGAACCCCAGCCAUGUGGUGCUCUACGGCAUGACUCCUAUUAGGCCUUACUCACAUAAAACUGGUUCAAGAAUCAUACUGGAUCAUACUCAUGUUGUAACACUUUAAGCAUAAGAUAGGGUAAGUAGUCACAAUUUACUUUACAAAAAUACACUGGUAGGGUACUGGAAAGAUGAAUCCAUAUUGACUCCAAUAUUAAAAAGACUGUUUAAUUACAUUGAUUUGUCUUCAUGUUUACACCUUCACGUCACUUUGAUUUGUUGUGUUGUGUGUGUGUGUGUGAGAAGCACUGAAACCUAUUUCCUCCAUGAUGUUUUUCUUCCCCUACCUAUUUGCUACUGACUACCCUAACCUUCCUGAUUUGAUGCUGAACUAUGGUAAACGCAAAGCACUGAAGUUAAAUUUUGCCAAUCCGCCAAUCAAACCCAGCGCCAGAUUCACACUCAAUACAGCAGCGCCCCCUUUCCAGAAUCCACACAUAGAGCGGCUGCGGACGCACAGCAUCGAGUCGUCGGGGAAGCUGAAGAUCUCGGCGGAGCAGCACUGCGACUUCACCGCCGAGGACCUGAAGGACCUGGGCGAGAUCGGGCGGGGCGCCUAUGGCUCCGUCAACAAGAUGGUGCACAAGCCCAGCAACCAGAUCAUGGCUGUCAAGAGGAUCAGGUCAACCGUGGAUGAGAAGGAGCAAAAGCAGCUGCUGAUGGACCUGGAUGUGGUCAUGAGGAGCAGCGACUGUCCGUACAUCGUCCAGUUUUAUGGGGCACUUUUCAGAGAGGGAGACUGUUGGAUUUGUAUGGAGCUCAUGUCUACCUCAUUGGACAAAUUCUACAAAUAUGUAUAUGGUGAAUCAGAUGAUGUUAUUCCUGAGGAAAUUUUAGGCAAAAUAACAUUAGCUACUGUGAAAGCACUUGACCACUUAAAAGAAAAGUUGAAAAUAAUUCACAGAGACAUAAAGCCAUCCAACAUUCUCCUGGACCGGAAUGGCAACAUUAAGCUCUGUGACUUUGGCAUCAGCGGCCAGCUGGUGGACUCCAUAGCCAAAACCAGAGAUGCCGGAUGCAGACCUUACAUGGCUGUAAGUGGUUUACAUCCUUCUCAAAAAUGGACCUCACAAGUAGUACAUUUUGACAUCCCCUUUUGUGAAUGACAGUUUCAGUUCCUGACCUCUUUUUCCAAUGAGUUGUUCACAGUGUGGUGAAGGAAGUGGUGGUGGCAGUAGUGGGAAGGGGUUUAAGAGGAGAACAGAGUGCUUGUGAGAGAGGCAGAUGUGGGUUGUGAUCAUGGAGGCGACCGGCAUGUCUACUGUAAGAUGCAUCUCAGAUGUAGAACCUAAACAAAUCUAGGCCACUCUUGGUGAAACCCCUAGAGGGAUUUUCCACUCUGCCGUCAUCCUCAACAGAAGGCAGAGGCAUCAGUCAGGAUUGGCAUUCACCUGGAAAAAGUA